UAAUUUAGGGGGAGGGAGAGGGAGAGAUUGAAAGAAACAAAUGGAGAAGAGUGUGAGCACCCUAUCGGCAAAGGACGCAUUCGAGAAGCUAGAGAAGGUAGGAGAAGGGACGUAUGGGAAGGUGUACAGAGCAAUUGAUAAAUCAACUGGCAAGAUCGUUGCUCUCAAGAAGACUCGCCUGCACGAGGACGAAGAAGGCGUCCCUCCCACCACUCUCCGCGAGGUUUCCAUUCUGCGUAUGCUGUCCAGGGAUCCCCAUAUUGUCAGGCUGAUGGAUGUAAAACAAGGUCAGAACAAGGAAGGAAAGACAGUGCUGUACUUGGUGUUUGAGUAUAUGGACACGGACCUCAAGAAAUUCAUUCGCGGUUUCCGUCAAUCCGGCGAAAACAUCCCCACUCCAACAGUUAAAAGCUUGAUGUACCAACUCUGCAAGGGCGUUGCUUUCUGCCACGGUCAUGGAAUCUUGCACAGGGAUCUGAAGCCCCAUAACCUCUUGAUGGACCGCAAAACGAUGAUGCUUAAAAUAGCUGAUCUUGGGUUGGCUCGAGCAUUUACUGUGCCAAUCAAGAAAUACACACAUGAGAUCCUGACCUUGUGGUACAGAGCUCCUGAAGUCCUUUUGGGAGCAACCCAUUACUCGAUGGCAGUAGAUAUGUGGUCUGUAGGUUGCAUAUUUGCUGAACUAGUCACCAAGCAAGCCCUCUUUCCUGGUGAUUCUGAGCUGCAACAACUCCUGCAUAUAUUCAGGCUGUUGGGUACUCCAAAUGAGGAGAUGUGGCCAGGCGUUAGUAAACUAAUGAAUUGGCAUGAAUACCCCCAGUGGAGCCCUCAAAAUCUGUCAACUGCUGUUCCUAAUUUGGACGAGCCUGGAUUGGAUCUGCUCUCUCAAAUGCUGCAAUACGAGCCUUCAAAACGGAUUUCUGCAAAGAAAGCCAUGGAACACCCUUACUUCGAUGAACUGGACAAUAAGUAUCUCUAGGAUGAUUACAGCUGCCGUUUUACUCGCUUUCCUCAAGCACGCCUGUUGUCACCUAAAAAUCUAUUUCCUGGUUGAUUUUGGCUUUUUUUUUUUUUUCUCCUGGUAUUUUAUGCAAGAAAAGUUAUAUAGUUUGAUAGA